UUGUAAACUUAAACGGAUAAACCUUAUCAACAAAAAUCUCGCAUCCCACACGCUCACAUACCAAUAACCACCAUUUACAUGAUGAAAAAAGAAUUGCAAAUAGAUAUCAUUGGAGUUACAUUACAGCUCAAGCUAAAGCUCUCUUAAUACGUAACUGUCCCUACCAUUGCAUCACUACUGAUAUAACACUCCGAUGACAUUCUUCAUCUCCUUUCAGUACAAUACUUUCAUGGAUAACCUAGCACCACCUUUUUAUCAUCUUAAUCCUUGUUUUGUUCAGAACCCACAAACCCUCAUGCCACCCAGAAGCCUUUCUCCCUCUUCACUUUCUCAUGGAAUGUCAGAUUCCCACCUGGUUUCUUCUCCUCAAUUUUCCCCACCGAAAUUUUCUCCAUUCUUUCACCCUUUGGGUGAGAUAAGGACUUUGAAUUCUGUCACGGAAUUGCAUGCCCAGAUGAUCAAAAUGCCGAAAAAGGGAAACUUGGCUGCAGUGGAUGGAAGCAUGAUGAGAAACUACUUGGAAUUUGGAGACUUUAUGUCUGCAGCAAAGGUAUUCUUUGUGGGUUUUACAAGGAAUUACCUUCUGUGGAAUUCUUUUCUGGAGGAGUUUGCAAGUUUUGGAGGUGACUCGCAUGACAUUCUGGAGGUUUUCAAGGAAUUGCAGAAUAAAGGAGUGGAAUUUGAUAGUAAAGCUCUCACUGUUGUUCUGAAAGUUUGUUUGGCCUUAAUGGAUUUGUGGUUUGGCAUGAAAGUUCAUGCUUGUUUAAUUAAGAGAGGCUUCCAUGUGGAUGUGCACUUGAGUUGUGCAUUGAUCAAUCUCUAUGAGAAGUGCUGGGGAAUAGAUUGGGCAAAUCAAGUAUUUGAUGAGACCCCACUACAAGAAGAUUUCCUGUGGAAUACAAUUGUUAUGGUAAACUUGAGGAGUGAGAGGUGGGAAAAUGCCUUAGAACUGUUCGGUCGAAUGCAAUCAGCUUCUGCCAAAGCCACUGAUGGCAUCAUUGUCAAGCUGCUGCAAGCAUGUGGGAAAUUGAGAGCUUUCAAUGAAGGGAAGCAGAUUCAUGGGUAUGUUAUAAGACUUGGAAGAGUGUCAAAUACUUCAAUUUGCAAUUCUUUAGUUAGCAUGUACUCUAGGAACAAUAGAGUUGAACUAGCUAGAGCAGUUUUUGAUUCUACAGAGGAUCGUGACUUGUCAUCUUGGAACUCAAUAAUUUCGAGUUAUGCAGUCAAUGGCUAUUUGAAUGAUGCCAGGGAUAUCUUCCUACAAAUGAAGUCUUCCAGCAUCAAACCGGAUAUUAUAACUUGGAAUUCUCUUUUGUCUGGCCAUCUUCUUCAGGGAUCAUAUGAAAUGGUUCUCACCAAUUUCCGGAGCCUGCAACGUGCAGGCUUCAAGCCGGAUUCAUGUUCAAUAACUAGUGCUCUGCAAGCAGUUAUUGAAUUGGGUUGGUUUAAUUUUGGCAAAGAAAUACAUGGUUACAUAAUGAGAAGCAAGCUUGAUUAUGAUGUCUAUGUCUGUACUUCUUUGGUGGAUAUGUAUAUUAAGAAUGAUUGCUUAGAUAAAGCUGAAGCAGUGUUCCAUCAUACAAAGAACAAAAACAUUUGUGCUUGGAAUUCAUUGAUAUCAGGUUACACCUUCAAGGGCUUGUUUAACAAUGCUGAAAAGCUAUUCAACCAGAUGGAGGAGGAAGGUAUAAAACCUGAUUUGGUGACAUGGAAUAGUUUGGUUUCAGGUUAUUCAAUGUGGGGCCGCAGUGAGGAAGCUUUGGCUGUGAUCAAUAGGAUCAAGAGUUUGGGAUAUACUCCUAAUGUGGUGUCCUGGACUGCUAUGAUAUCAGGCUGUUGUCAAAAUGAGAACUACAUGGAUGCCCUACAGUUUUUCAGCCAAAUGCAAGAAGAAAAUGUAAAGCCUAACUCUACUACCAUUUGCAGCUUACUCGGGGCAUGUGCAGGCCCGUCACUGUUAAAGAAAGGUGAAGAGAUACACUGCUUCAGUAUGAGACAUGGGUUUGUGGAUGACAUAUAUAUAGCCACUGCCCUCAUUGACAUGUAUAGUAAGGGAGGAAAACUAGAAGUAGCUCAUGAGGUUUUCAGGAACAUUAAGGAGAAAACACUACCAUGUUGGAAUUGCAUGAUGAUGGGAUAUGCUAUUUAUGGCCGUGGGGAAGAGGUGUUUACUCUAUUUGAAAACAUGUGCAAAACAGGUAUCAGACCUGAUGCUAUAACCUUCACAGCUCUUCUAUCUGGCUGCAAGAAUUCAUGUUUAGUUAUGGAAGGGUGGAACUACUUUGACAGUAUGAAGAAAGAUUAUAACAUUAGUCCAACAAUUGAGCACUACUCUUGCAUGGUAGAUCUUCUUGGAAAAGCUGGUUUUCUUGAUGAGGCUUUGGAUUUUAUCAACGCCAUGCCAAUAAAGGCAGAUGCUAGUAUUUGGGGUGCUCUUCUUGCUGCCUGUAGAAUUCACAAGGAUAUUAAGCUAGCAGAGAUUGCAGCAAGGAAUCUUUUCAGGUUGGAACCAUAUAAUUCUGCUAACUAUAUGCUGUUGAUGAACAUAUAUUCCAUUUUCCAAAGAUGGGAUGACGUGGAGCGCCUUAGAGAAUCGAUGACUGCCAUGGGGGUGAAAAUUUCAAAUGUCUGGAGUUGGACACAAGUUAAGCAGACUAUUCACGUGUUCUCCACUGAAGGCAAUCCUCAUCCAGAAGAAGGAGAAAUAUAUUUUGAGUUAUAUCAAUUAGUUUCUGAGAUAAGAAAGCUGGGAUAUGUUCCUGAUAUUAAUUGUGUACAUCAGAACAUUGAUGACAAGGAUAAGGAGAAGGUUCUGCUGAGUCACACAGAGAAGUUGGCUAUGACAUAUGGACUGAUGAAAGUCAAGGAUGGAUCACCAAUCAGGGUAGUGAAGAACACAAGAAUUUGUCAAGACUGUCACACAGCAGCAAAGUACAUUUCCUUGGCUCGAAACCGUGAUAUUUUCCUCAGAGAUGGUGGCCGUUUUCACCAUUUCAUGAAUGGAGAAUGCUCCUGUAAUGAUCGUUGGUAAUAAGAUACAUAGCCAAAAGGCUGAAGCAUUUUCUUCUCUGGCUAUUAUGCUCUUGUAUAUCAGCUGAGGCAGGGUGUUCAUGAAAGGAACUUUAUGUUAAUUUAAGGAAAUGACCAAGUUACUUGGGGAAUCGUUGAAUACACUUUUUGCAAGACACAAUGUGAAAGAGUUAGUAGAAAUGAUACAUUACUGAUGUGGCUUAGUUCCCACUUUAAAGCGUUAAACGCUAUGUGAGGAAAAAUACCAUGCAAGUUACUAAAGACUGGCACAACAUGCGCCUGAGAUGAUCGAUUACAGCCAUGUGCUACUUCUGCAACAAGUUCUUGUAAUUCCAGGUUUCACCAUUGACAAGAGUAGCAUAUGUUGGCUUCAUCAUCAAGAUUGCUUGUGAAAAAUAUUUUCAAAUUCACGCAGCUAGCAAUCCAGCUUGACAAAAAAACAAUUAUAUAUUUCAUAGAAUUUUUGUCUAUGCUUAUUACAUCAUUUUUCUUCA